AUGGAAACCGAAGCUGUUCCUGAAAGUAGCCAAGAGGGCCUUCCAAUCGAGGGGCGCUGGUACCGUCUCUCCUGGCCGCCACCCCGCAAGCGUGUAAUAGACUUAGAGCCUGCCAAAGAACACGACGCUCUCAAAGACUAUAUUGGUGACUCUGGGUUUGACACUUUUGACAUCCCAGUGAUCGCGAAGCUGGACCACCAUCAAUACGAUGUUUUUGUCAGUGAUAACAUAUGGGCACAAUUUGAGGCCACGAAUUCCCAUUUGGAGGUGAUGCCCUUUGAGUCAAACGAUGAGCUCGUCAGCAGGAUCGGCAAAGUCAAGGCGGCGGAGCACGCCAUUAUGAAAUUCGAGGCUCUUCUGGAAGAAGAGGUGCUACCUGGGACAAAGAAAGCUAUUGAGGAACGGAUCUGGUUCUAUCAGGAGGCCAGGGUUCAGCUGCUCUAG